AAAGAUGGACAAAGCUAGCAAUGCUGAUAAAUGGAGUGACCGGAUGUCGAUUUCAGGACUUCCGGUCGGCGAGAAAGAAAAACCGGACGAGAGCUCGGCGUCGAACAGCACCGUGUCCAGCGGGAUCGGAAGUGGCGCGUCUUUAAAGAGCACGGAACUGGACGCGAUGUCCGUGGGCUCCGGAACAGUGGGACUGGGAAAGGUUCUGUCCCUUAGUCUGAAGGGCGAGUGGAUGCUACUGGAACAGGUGCUCCGUACUCUGGACAAAGGGAACCCGGAUGUGUCCCAGAGAGAGGAGGAGAAUGGGUUGUCCCCCUUGAUGGUAGCCGUGCGGGAGAACAAGCUGGUCAUUGCUGAGCGGCUGCUGGACCUCGGGGCAAAUAUAAACGACCGGGCCAAUGACGGGAGGACACCCUUACACUUUGCUGCGACCUUCGCCAAGGACGAUGUGGUCAAACUCCUCCUCAACAGAAAGGCUGACCAGACCAUACCUGGCGGGCCGAGGGACCAAAUUCCGCUUCACAUGGCGAGCGCCCGGCAGAGUGGUGCUCUGUCCAUUGUUCAGAUUUUGCUGAAAGGGUCAAGCAAGGACCUCCGGCUGACCCAAGACAAAAAUGGCUGCAUUCCUCUAUUUUUGGCGGCGGAAGCAGGGAACACUUCGGUUUGCAAGGAACUACUUUCUCAGUGCUCGGAAUCUCAACUUCUGCAACAGAGAAAGGAAAAUGGCGACAGUGCUCUCCACAUUGCCUGCAGACGACGUGAUAUAGAUAUGGCCCGGAUGUUGAUAGAAGCAGGUUCUCCUGUAGACUUGAGAAAUGAAGAGGGUCACACUCCACUGCAUAUUGCCGCGUGGGAGGGAGACGAGGUGAUGGUCAAAUAUCUCUACCAGAUGAAAGCCAAUCCGAAUUUCACGGACAAGAUGGAUCGCGUGCCUGUCCACAUCGCGGCUGAGCGAGGGCACAGCGCUAUCGUUGACCUCCUGGUGGAUAAAUGUAAAGCCUCGAUCUCAGCCCGCACUAAAGAUGGCAGCACUCUCAUGCAUAUCGCCUCCCAGUAUGGACACCCCGACACAGCAUUAACGUUUCUCAAGAAAGGGGUCCCACUGCAUAUGCCAAACAAGUCGGGUGCCAUCUGCCUACACACAGCGGCUAUGCGGGGUCACACCAACGUGGUGAGAGCUCUGCUGUCCAAAGGAGCUUCAGUGGACGCCAAAACUAAGGAUGGAUACACGGCGCUCCAUCUAGCGGUGGAAUGUGGCAAACCUCAGGUGGUCCAAAUGUUGCUUGGUUAUGGCGCACAAGUAGAAUUCAAAGGAGGAAAGGCUGGAGAGACACCUCUACAUAUCGCAGCAAGAACCAGGGAUGGAGAACGAUGUGCCGAAAUGUUGAUGAAAAGUGGAGCAGACGUAAACGCCGUCAGAGAGAACGGAGAGACUGCCAUGCACAUUGCCGCAAGGAACGGCCAACUGAAGAUGCUACAAGCUCUUAUGGAAGAAGGCGGAGAUCCGACUCAACAGUCAAAGAAUGGGGAGACCCCUCUCCAUGUAGCAGUGCGUCAUUGUCACCUGGCAGUGGCGAAAGAACUCCUUACUUACGUCAGCAUGACGUCAUCACGAAUUGACGCUGUCAUGUUGGUGAACCAACAGAACUGGGAGGGUGAAACGCCCGUCCAUUAUGCAGCAGAGCUUGUGAAGAGUAUGACGCAUUUUGAGUUUGAGGACACGGACAUAAUGAGGCUACUUUUACAGUACGACGGAGACAAGAACAUACAAACCAAACUGACACACGAGACGUCACUACAUUACUGCGCCCGUGCAGGUAACGAAGACAUACUAUUGGAAAUAGUGAAACACAUCGGUAACACGUGCGUCCAGAAUGCUGUCAAUAAACAGUCAAAGAAUGGCUGGUCACCUUUACUUGUCGCGAGCGAGCAGGGACAUCUACAAAUCGUAAAGAUUCUUCUACAGUAUCAUGCGCGUGUCGACGUUUUUGACGAGUAUCACGGAAAAGCGGCCCUCCACCUGGCGGCAGAGAAUGGGCAUGAACAAGUUGCCGACGUGUUGUUGUGGCAUAAAGCCUUCGUGAACGCCAAGUCAAAGCUAGGAUUGACUCCACUCCACCUAGCGGCACAGAACGGCUAUAACGACCUGGUCCGCCUCCUUAUAGAGACACACAAUGCCGUCAUCGACGCUCUCUCCUUGGCAAAACAAACUCCUUUACACAUGGCAGCACAAUGCGGGAAAAUGGAGGUCUGCAACACGCUAAUGAAGAUGAGAGCCGACGCUAACGCCACGGAUGUUCAUGGUCAGACCCCUCUCCACCUGGCGGCUGAAAAUGACCAUUCAGAUGUCGUAAAGCUGUUCCUGAAGCACAGACCGGAGUUGGUUUCCAUGGCAAACACGAACGGUAUGACCUGCGCACAUAUUGCAGCCGACAAAGGGAGUGUGGCGGUCAUCCGGGAACUUAUGAAGUUCAACAGAUCCGUCGUCACCACAGCCAGAAACCGGACGAAUAACUCCACAGCACUACAUCUAGCGGCGGCUGGGGGCCACAAGGAGGUGGUCGAAGUUCUUCUGAAAGCAGGGGCAUCAGCCACGGACGAGAACGCCGACGGAAUGACCGCUAUCCACCUGUGUGCCAGGUAUGGUCACGUCAACAUACUGGACGCUUUAGAUGGUCACGUGAACUGGAGAAUCACCAGCAAAAAGACCGGCCUCAGUGCUAUUCACUGCGCUGCACAUUACGGACAAGUAGACUUUGUUAGAGAGAUGCUGACGAAAGUUCCCGCCACCGUGAAAAGCGAGCAUCCUGGGGGAGGUGAUUCUUGGUUAAAAGAUCUAGGAGCGGAGUCCGGGUUGACACCCCUCCAUCUUGCCGCGCAGUCUGGUCACGAAGGUCUGGUUCGUCUGCUUCUGAAUUCACCGGGCGUCCAAGCGGACGUUUCCACCAACUCACAGGGAGCAAUCCCACUCCAUCUUGCUGCUCAAGGCGGACACUCUUCAGUCGUUUCCUUGCUGUUAAGUAAAUCAACGACACAACUUCACGUCAAAGAUAAAAGAGGUCGUACGGCGCUCCACCUAGCGGCUGCUAACGGUCACAUAUUCAUGGUGUCGCUGUUGUUGGGACAAGGAGCCGACAUAAACGCUUGUGACAAAAAUGGCUGGACGGCUCUCCAUUUCGCCGCCAAGGCAGGGUAUUUGAACGUUGUGAAGCUCUUAACAGAAAGUGGGGCUUCUCCGAAGUUUGAAACAAAGGAAGGCAAAGUGUCCAUAUGUUUCGCCGCGGCCGCCAACCACUCCGACGUCCUGAGUUUUCUAAUGAAACGUGACCACAACACGAACCACUUGAUGGAUGAUAAAAAGUUUGUGUUUGAUUUAAUGGUAUGUGGAAAGAACAGCCGCAACAAGUGCAUUGAAGAAUUCAUUUUGCUCUCUCCUGCUCCGGUAGAUACUGCCGCUAAACUCUCAAACAAUUUUCGAAUUCUGGCCGUGAGAGAAAAGGAGCGUUCACGUGAUUUGACUUCAGCGGGAGAUUACUGCGAGAACAUGGCGACGGAACUCCUGGCCAUUGCUGCCAGCGCCAACAGUGCGGGUCACAUUCUGAAGGCCGUCGACUGUAACGGAACGCCGUUCUUAGACGUCCUCAUUGAGAACGAGCAGAAGGAGGUGGUGUCACAUCCCGCCGUCCAGAAGUACCUUACAGAUGUAUGGAUGGGAAAUCUGAAAUGGGCGACGUGGAAGAUCGUGAUGGUGUUUAUGACCUUUCUAUUCAUUCCCAUCAUCUGGCUUGUGUUCUCUCUGCCCCUUCGUCAUCGAUUUAACCGUGUUCCCAUCAUCAAGUUCAUGGCAUACCUUGUGAGUCACCUGUACCUGAUGUUGUUGUUUCUCCUGACUGUCGUGUAUCCCCGCGCACCUAUCUGGCAGUCUGCUUCCAUGAUCCCCAGUGUCUAUGAAUGGCUCCUGUUGUCAUGGUUAUCGGGACUUCUCGUGUCAGAAUUGACAAAUCCCGGUGACAGAGGAGGACUCGGAUGGGUCAAGGUUAUUUCCAUAGGAAUUAGUGCAAUUGGAGUAUUUUGUCACGUGCUAGCGUUUGCAUUCGACACAAACGAUAGACUGCUGCUCAUAUUCAUUCGAAACUAUUUCUUUGCCUGGGCCCUUUUGAUGUGUUUCGUACAGUUGUUAGACUUUUUGUCCUUCCACCAUUUAUUCGGUCCAUGGGCCAUCAUUAUCCGUGAUUUACUGAAAGACUUGACUCGGUUUCUUGUCAUCUUGUUGAUAUUUAUCGCUGGAUUCACGUUACAUUUACUGGCGAUUUACCAACCCGUCUACGCCCCAAAGACGGUCAACCCCAGCCAGGGCCUGGGGGACGGGAAUGGAGAGGCCCACGUCUCACAGAUCACCCUCGUCGAGUCCUUCGGUCUCCUCUUUUUCUCUUUGUUUGGACUUGUAGAUCCUGACGGUUUACCUACAACCAAUCAAAGUCCGAUCUGGGUGGUGGACAUGGCCAAAGUGACCUUUGGGAUUUACAUGAUGGUGACCUUAGUAGUACUGAUCAAUCUUUUGAUCGCCAUGAUGUCGGACACUUACCAGAGAAUCCAACAACAAUCAGACACAGAGUGGAAGUUCGGGAGGGCGAAACUAAUUCGUAACAUGAACAAGACUUCAGCUACCCCUUCCCCACUAAACCUGUUCACAAAGCUCUUUACGUACUGCCGGGCCAUAUAUAAACACAAAGGUAAGCUGUGCAGCGUCCAUGCUGAUGAAUACAUUAGCGAUGAUGACGACAUCGAUGCGUUUUCCGAUUCCCGGUCCGUGGAUCUUUUAGCGCACAAUGCAGGGUGGUUAAAGAAUGUGGUCAGGAGAAACACCCAAGUAGCUCCUGACGGGGGAUUUCUUCGUGUGUCACACCACGGGAACGGCCCCUUGCGGCUCGAAGACGUGGUGGACUGGCCAAUGGUUGUGAAGAAAUACCAAUCCAUGCAAGGGAUGGAAAACAUCGGUACAAAUCUCUCAGAUGAAGAUGAGAACGACGCAGUCAACAAGGGUGUGUCUGGUUUCGAAAAAGACAGUGCCACCAUUACUUAGAAAAGGCAACUCUGUCCUUUGAGCGUGUGCCUUACCUUGGGACAUUAUACGAGUGAACAGUUUAUGUUUAUUAAGAUUUAAAAAUACACCAUGUAUCUUUGCCUCAGAUGUUUGUGGAAAUUUAAACAUUAACAUCAACAACUCCGAAAAAUACCAAAGAUUUUGCUUUUUUAUUGCAAAGAUAACUUUACAACACAUAAAAUUCUCAUAGAGUAAAGAUAUGUCUCUAUAAACAAAACAUCACAAUCCAUGUAGCUUUGCCAUUCAGUCACAUGUAAAAGGUCUUUUUCUAAUGUCAACAUGCAACUAAUGUACCUUAACUAAACACUAUAUUGAAUACUACUGAAACAGUCCAAAGUGUACCAGAAUGAGACACUUUGGUUUAUAUUGCAUCAAUAUGAAUAAUUAAUCUAAGGGGGACAAAGCUUAAUAAUUGAAUGAAUAUACAUGUAUUCACAUCUCUACAGUAUUUCAAUGACCAAGAAACAUACAAGACCUCCUGUCAAAAAAAUAUUUUAAUACAUAUACAGGAAUUUUUGUGUAUUGGUUUUUUUUUU